AUGGCGAAAGGUCUGGUUAUUGGAAUAUUUUGUACUUUACUCUGGUCAACACUCGUAAAUGGAGCCUUUCAGUUGCAGAACGUCGUUUGCGAGUCCUUCGACAAGUCGUUCUCGGAAUUCAGCCGCUGCGAAAUGAAGGUCAUUCGGCGUGGGGUGUCCGCCUUCUAUAUGAUCUGGAAGUUCUAUAAGGUGCCAAUCAACAACUUCGAUAUCAAUUUGUCGCUACACAAAAAAUCGAACGGAUAUCGGCCAUUUCUAUUCAACCAGACCCUGGAUUAUUGUUACUAUAUGCGCAAUCCCAAGGCUCAUCCAUUAAUUUACAUGAUGCACAGGACCUUCUGGUCUAUCUCAAACAUAAAUCACUCCUGCCCCUAUGACCACGAUAUGAUCGUCAAUGAGUUUAUCUACAAGAAGAGCGACUUGAAGGAUCUUCCGGUUUCCAAUGGUGACUAUAUGAUACAACUAAAAAUAGCCACUAACAGGAAAUAUUUUGCGAUUAUAAAGAUUUUUGCCAAAAAGAGCGACUGA